CAUGUGCUGUGUUAUAAACACUGGAGAAGUAGGUAUGGAGGCAGACUGCACUUGUUAUUCGGUGUUAACUAACCGAGUCACCGUCAUUAGUUUAACUUUAUAGUGUAGAACAACUAGAUAACUUUAGCUUUUACUUAAAGACACUUAAAAUGACAGCUAUCUGAAUUGUUAUGCGUCUGGUGACACUUCUUGGAUGAACCAUGAAGAGCCAGACGACGACUACCUCCCAGCCGCUCACAGUGACCGUUCUGGCGGCUCUGUGGGUCAGUCUGGGUCGGUGCGGUGUUCCAGAGAUCCGGGGGCCACUGCUGUGUGACAAUGGAAAGCUGUCUUUGGAAGGAGACCUGCCUGGGGAAGGAGCUUUUUGGUACUGUCCAGGGUUUAUGCGGCCAGAGUUCACUCAGAGACGUCCCAGCAUUGACACAGUGUAUGAUCCUAUGCCAGCAACCCAGAUCUGCAUGGAUAGAUCUAUUUUCUACAAACAUACCAUUCCCAACAGUGGAGCGUACAGACCAGUAAGGGCUGAGAGAGGAGAGUACUUGUACUGUCCUCCUCAACGGUGGCUCAAUAACUUGCACCACGGAGCUACGGUUUUGCUCUACCAUCCCUGUGCUCCUCUCCACGAUCGUCUACUUCUGUCUGAACUGGCCCGCUCCUGUCUGCCAGACUACGUCAUUACCUCCCAUCUGCAGCUCAGUAAACACAUGCCAUUAGCCCUUGUGUCGUGGGGUCACACCUUGGAGCUGUCCACCAUAUCCUCUUCAGUCAUCUGUGGUUGGCUGGAGACCACAGCAUCCACAAGAAAUAAGUUAACUGGUGUCAGCCAGAGCGAGAAGUACAACCUGCUGUUGACCUGGUCAGCCGAGCAGCAACAUGGAUAUCCAGAUGGAUACUCACACUUAGAAAUAAAGGAGUCUCUGAGGCAAUGCUGUGAGCAGACCAUCUCUUCUCUGCUGAAUGGAGCGAUGGAGACAGAGCUAGAGCCAAACAUGAAGAAUGAAAUCUGGAGGAAGGAAGAGGAAGGUAAAAGCAGGCAGAUAAGAGCUGCCAUUAGAGAAAAAGAGGAGAAUGUUAAGGAUGAGAACGACGUCCAGAACUACAACAGCGCACUUGGACCAUCAGCAGAUUCUCCUUCAGGGAAAAGGACCCCCUCAGAUUCUCCAGGUCCCAGGGAAGCUCAUUCUCAGUCAAAGAUCCAAAAUACAAAUCAGGGCAUGGUACCCAGGCCCACAAUUCCUUUGGGGUCUGAGACUACACAUAGAAGAGAUUCUUUAGGAUUCAGGGCUUCUGGAUCUCAGAAAAGCCGGCUACAGAAAGCAGUACAGCAGCCCAGUCCUAAACAUACUGAUCUCAGGAAGCCAAACCCCUCUGCUGGGUUGGAUGCUCUUGCAGAUGGUGUGAACAGUGAACAUGAUACUACCAGGCCUGAAGCCCUGGCCCUCAGAUUCAAAGAUGAAGGUACAGACUCAGCCAAAAAGAGAGACAAAGACUCUGUUAAACACAGCCUGAAAGAGAACGUCCCUAAAGAGACAAACUUUGAUAAAGACAACAGAGCCGAUGGCGCGGUUAAGGAUAAUGAAGUAGUAGAUGUUAAAGAGAGAGAGUUGGAACAUACGCAAACACACAGUGACACGCACUCUCCCCACAAAAGUGACAAGAUUGGCUUUGAUUCUGUUUCCAAAUCUCAACCAGAGGGCUUAGGGGCUGCUGUUAUGAAUAAGGGGUUUCCGAGCACCCCCAGGACAGACGAGGCGGUGUGGGCAGCAGCAGCACUGGGCUUCCUGCUGAUUCUCCUUGCCGUGUCAGUGCUUCACACACGCCUGUACCGCCACUGGAGGACCAUGCCCAGUCUUUACUGGCACAACCCACAGCAGGACUACGACAGUGUGGCAGAUGUGAUCCGCAGGAGGCUACGAAUAUCAAACAAGAGGCGGAAAAGGGGCAGACGACAGGAGUGUGCUCUUCUACCCAGCUCCUCCAGCUCAGAUGAAGAUCCAUAGAAAAGUGAAGGAAACAUCCCCAAGAAGGCGCCCAAGUCUCAUUGCACGUAGAGGAGGUGAAGAGUGGACAAUAAGCAU